AUGAUAUUAGUGCCACAGAGACUUUGGAAUCUGCAUUUCAGACGCCGACCAUAUUCCUUCAUCUUGGAGUAUGGAAGCAUUAGCAUCAUUAAGAGAUGGUUAAUCAGAGCCAAGGAGAGGUCAAAAAAAUCAAGAGCUCCAUUUGUAGUUAUAAAGAGUUACAUACAUUUUAGAUUAUAAAAAUAUAUUAUAUAUACUCAUGUUUAUAAGUAUUUACACCUGGUGUUUUUAUUCCAAUAUGUGUAAUUAGACAGCUCUUGAAGCUAACUUAAAAAAUGUUUAGUCAUUACAUUGAAAGAAUCUCAUUAACUUUUAAAUCUAAAAUGCAUUAUUAAUUAAACUACUGCUUUGAUGCCUUCAGGAACGUCUACAGGCAAAUGAAUGAAAGAAAAUACCAAUAUAGGUGGGUAACGCCAAAGCCCGUUCCAUUUUUAUGGGUUGUGAGCCGGCUUUAGAGAUACCAACUGCGUCGAUUUUCGAAUUUUGAUCUUAAAAUUGUUUAUUUGGUGGAAAAGGCAUCCUAUGGAUUGUCUCUCCCACGUGGCAAAAUUACUACUUGCAGAGUCCUUGUGAUUUCGUUACACACACUCUUUCAAAUCACUGACAAUUUUCAAGAGAGCGCGAGAAUUUAUCAACUAUCACAGAGGUCGCGUAUUCAUGAAGGUCGACAAGUUGUAUAAUUUUUUUGUAAAAACGUAGUCAAUUACGUAUGAAACGGAUCUGUUGGCUGAUUUCUAGUAGGUCCGCAUUUCAGGCGGCUCAUUGGAGUUCCGCUUCGCCGGCAGCAAUCGAAAUUUUUCUAAAUCAAACAAUGUAAGAUGUAUGGUUUUUACUUUUGAUUUAUUUUUUUUUUAAAUAAAAUGAAUACUUUUUGAA